AUGCUGAUUGUCCUGCUAGCUUUGCGCCUAGCAUACGCUCAGUACACUAGCUAUAAUGCAGUCGCCGUUCGACUACCCGGUCGUUGUUUACCAGGCGACUUCGACUGCGGAUUUGGGCGUUGCGUACCAGUUAAGGUGUUUCAUGAUGGGAAACCCGACUGCUACGACGGCAGCGAUGAGUGGUGUUUUUUCGGCCAUAUCAAGUGUGGCGCAUACUGCGUUGAUAUGUCACAUGCGCUUAGUUGUUUGUUUUCGUCUAAAUGUGACGAUUCCAGCCGUCAACCACAAUGGUGUUCGCUGUCGAAGGAGAAGCUCUGUGGUGAUCCCAGCUCAUUUCCCUGCAAGGGAUAUGGUGAGUGCGUAUUGUGGGAAUGGCUGCUUGACGGUAAAAAAGAUUGCAUCGAUGGCAGCGAUGAGGAUCAGAGCUAUGUCAGAACGCUCGAAACGUCAUUUCGUUGCUAUUACAACAGAACGAAGAAAGUCGCUAUGCCAACACCGCUCAACUAUACACAAGCUUUCCUGAGGAUCACUAAUCCUAUGCUACCUGGAUUUCGUCCUCCACCACCACCACCUCAAUUUCCGACACUAUUCCCUCCUGUGCUAUCGCAUACUCCUCCACCUAUUCACAUAACACCACCUCCAACAAUCACCUUACCACCUCCUGUACAACUUUCAAGGAUUACUGGUCUACCACCAUUGCCUCCACCGUAUCCGACACUUCUAUUGACACCUCCACCAUCGAAUCCUAUACCUUUACCGAUUACAUCCCGACCGCAUUCCCUACUAUAUUCCACUACAGUAGGAACGGUUUAUGUCCCUGAAAUCUCGACAACUCCAAACGAUCCGUUUGUUUCUCCAAACUCGGUGAUGACUACCGGGAUUACUCCUAUUCAUCCGAUUGAUUCUGGUUAUUCGUUAUCUGGUCAAGGACUACAAACAUUAUCUUCAGCAACAUCAGCGCCUGUGUUUUCGACAAUACAGAGCUCCACACCUAGUGAACAAACAAUGUCACCGAGUACGAAAAAACGUGGGUUCGGUCAUGUCAGAGGUCGGGGGAGAACAACAACCACUACUCCAUCUGUCGGUACAACUGCAAAAAUUACGCAUAUUAAAGUUGGAAUUGUGGACGUUAAAGAAGGGAAUAAAACCGGAAAGCAGGAACUGGAUAUGAUUACUAAUAAUAAUGAUGUGUUAGAAAUUUUUGGAAACAAUGUUGGAAUCGAAGAGGAGGACAGUAACGGAAGGACGAUACCCUUAUCUCAUGUAGACCUUUCAUCAAAAGAAAACGAGGCAGGACUUGUUACGUUUCCACAUGCUUCACCUUCUGAUGUUACAGUAUCCAGCCGAACAUCUAACUAUGAUAUUGAUUUAACGCAAGAUGUGUACGGUAACCUUAAUCCAAAAUUCCAAGCAACAAAACAUCCAUUGACAGGCCAUUCCAUUGCCGAUGACCGGAUACAAUCCGCAAAAUCUUCAUCUUCAGAGAUGGGAGUUGUCCACGUUACGACUGAAUCGCAUUUGUCUAUGAAAAAUUCAUCCACUGAUGCUGCCAAAAACAAAACUGUCUUACCGCCUGCGUCUGGUGAUGUUGUACAAACGGCGGGAAGAGCCGCUGAAGACGUAUCGUCCUCAGUUAGCACGGGAGGAGUUGAGGCUUCUGUUCAAAAUAAAUGCUUAGCUGAUCUUGUGGACAAUUCGAAGAAGAAAUAUUCGAACUACAAAUGCGAAUGUCCAACCGGUGAAUGGGCAGUCGGAAGAAAAUGUGAAGCUCAUGAGGCUGAUAUGGCCUUCUACAAACUUGACAUCCAUUCUGCUUGUGGUGAAAAUAAAUUGACAACUGAACAAAAGAAAUGGAUAGCAAUUGGCAAGAUCUAUCUGAGUUAUUUCUGUUUUGAGAUCGCCGAAAACUUGAAGAUUCCAUCAUGUGCUAGAACAACUUCAGCAGGAAAUGUGAUAGUGAACUCAUUCUGUGGAAAUCACUGUACUCUAAAGGAUUUCGGAGAUCUAACGAGAGAAUCAGCGUCCGAUACAAGAAAAGUGACGAUUGAAGAAGCACCGUUAUGUGAGGACAGUUCAACCAACUACUGUCAUCGUUAUGCGAUUUGUACUGUGGAGGAUGUGCAUUUAAAAUGUGUCUGCAAAAAAGGUACAAAUGAUACGUCAAACGGAUUAGGACGAAUUUGUGAAGGUGUUCCGGGAGAUGACGAUUGCAUUAUGAUAUUAGGCGCAUGUCUCAUCUUUUGGUUAAUUAUACUGCUUGGAUUACUGCUACUCGUUCCGCUUCUCAUAUUCCUUCUCUCUCAUUGUUGCCCAGGAAGAGGGAACUUAAUUCAUCCCAAGAAGGAUGGCUUGAAUCUUCACGGAAAAGGAAGCGGUACAAGAAGUGGUGCCCAAGAAAGUAAACAUAUCGCUGCUAUCAUGUCAUCAUUAUUGGAGAAAAAUGCAGGAGGUACUAGAGAGAUGGCAAUGAAGAUGGCGCUUGCUGAACUGAAAAAGAGAGAGCAGGAGGUGGAAAAAACCACAACUGUGCCUGCGCAACCAAAAAUGGCCAGGCUUGAGGAUGCGCAUGCGAUAACCUCUUCAAAAAUCAUUAACAAUCCAUCUGCAAACAGUAUCACACAGAUUAGUGGUAAUAUUAAUGGUGCACCAUUAAUGAUGAAAGAGAUCUCAUCCAUUCCUGGAACCGUACCAGCUCCAUACGGAGAAACACCUAUAUUAGACAAGAUUCCACCACCAAUGAUUGAAGUGUUGAAACCUUCUACACCGGACAAAUCGAUCGGCCUAACAGAUCGUAAUCCCUUGGGUCAAAGGAGUAUUUCACAGCAUUCCUUUACGGUAACCGAUUCGAACAAGGCUGCCUUCCCCUCUGCUACAACUAGUGCGCCGGUUGUUGGCGACAUUACAUCAGUACCGAUAGAAACGUCUACUCCGAAAUCUGCUGCUGCUCCAAUUUCUGUGCCAUCACCGACUCCACCGCCACCAGCACCUCCUCCAGCAGCUCCAUCGCCAGCUUCAGUUCCAACAACAGCGCCCCAGCCACCACCAUCGCCGCUACCACCACCACCAUUACCAUCAUCACCACCACCACCACCACCACCACCACCACCAUCGCCGCCACAACAGCCUCAAGCACCUUCAACAAUCCCAGCAGUCGUAGAGGUUCAUCAAAGUAGUGAGCCGCAUGAUAGGAAACUUGCCCGAUCAAUUUCUACUCAUUCAGUCGGCGUACAGCCAACAAUUUGGGAGUCCUACAAAGCUUUGGGUGACGUUUAUGCGAAACGAGAUAACAUAGAUCGAAAAGGCAGUUCCAGCUCCUUAGAUGCUCUCAUCUAUAGUCGAUAUCCGCAUAUGGCUACUACAUUAAUUGCUCCUUUACCUGCAACUCCAAAUGAAUCGUUUAAUGUACCACCACCACCAACAACAACAACCACAACAGCAACAACUGAGCCAACCUUUAUGCCGUCUGUGAUUGUACCGGGUCCUAAAACUGAAGACACUAUUCAAACAUCUAGUGCACUCAGUUCAACCGUGACUGAAAGAAGCGAAAGAAACCAUCGAUUGGCAGAAAUGCUUGGAGUGACUCUUGACGACUCAUCGUAUUCAUCUUCACCAACGCAGGAAAAACCUUCUGAAAGCCGAACUCUGGACAAAACCGACGAUCAGAUUGUGGAAGAGAUGACAUUACAAGGGAUUAUGCUCCCGAUUCCUCUUACAAAUGAAGCCGAACUAUUACGUGAUGAAAAAAUAAUCGAAACUGCACCACAAAUAACGCUACCGUCCCAUAUCGAAUCUGAUGUUAAAACGGAUAGCGAUGCUGAUCCGGUUCCCAUAUUACCUGCUCUCUCCGUUGUACCGGACGUUGAAGUGACGGAAUCUGAUUCGGGAAAACAAGAAAGCAGUCAGAGGAAGGAGAAAACUGCUACAACGUCUGUAGUUUCUAAUAAUGCUGUUUUCAUCCCCAAAAAAGCACGAGAACAACAAAAAGAAAAGGAAUCUCUGAAAACUUCGCCAAAUCACCGCUUCGCAACAAAAUCUACUAUAGGUUCUCGACAACUUUUAAAACCUCCGGAGCGAUAUAUGCACAGUUCAACAGAAGAAAGUGAUCCAGAGGUUGCUGUCUUCAAACGUCUUGCAAGGACUGGUCGUGUGAAGGAAACUAUACCUCUUACCAGGAGAAAACUGCGGCGUCCAGAACGCCAACUGUCGAGCAUCUCCGAGAAAAGCGCCGAGAUUGCAGCUGAAGCAGCUUUGCAAAACCAGCCUCAAGAUUACUCUAUUUCUGCUCCAAAUACUACUCGAUCCAUAACAGAAUGGCAACGUUAUGUACCGAAGCAUACAUUUUCAAGUGCUGACUUUUCAGAUACUCAAACAGAUGUUGAUAUUCCAAAACAAACGAAGAAAAGCACACUAACUACGAAAUCGAAGCAAGUGCCAGAGAUUCAGAAAAAACGAAAACCGUCAGAUCAGCAGUUAUCUAAAAAACGUGAAACGAAGGAGAUCAAGCCGAAUAUUCAAGGUCGUCAACAACUUAGGCCUUGUCAGAUGCCGUCCACAUCAACAUCUGUGCCUAAAGAACCAGUAAAGAAAGCCAGGAGAAGUACUCAAAGUUCUUCUUCGCCAGAGAUCCCCGAUGUCACUCUUCGAAGGUCAGUUCACCGAUUGGAUCUGCUUGACCGCUCUCCUAACCGUAAUUCAAGCAAAGAAGCUUCAACGUCAGGGUCGCAGAUCAGCGCAGGAACCAAAUUCCAGAGAACCUCUGAUCUCAACAGAGAACAACAAAUCAAUAUUCAUGUUAAACAGUUGAAAGAGAAAGUCGAGGAAAGCCCGACAUGGACAUCAGAUUAUGGAACUGCGGUAAGGAUGUCAAGGACGGGAUCGCUCCCGAAGGAGGAGAUACCUCACACCUCGAGAACUGUACAUCAUGCAGUGAUUAGCAGAAAAAUUGCAACCCGCCGCCACGAGACACAUAUAACAAAGUCUACUGGUGAUCUAACUCUGGAGGAGUCUUGUAGCUUAUCUUCAAUGGACAGGGUGGCGACGAUAUCUCGUUCUGCUGAGAACCUUCAUAACCGUCGCCGUACCUGGGACAGCUCCGCGUGCGAAUCCGAUGACAAAUUUGAUAGUCUCUAUAGUCGGCCACAAUGGGACUACUCGCCGCACAAGUCUGAGCAUCGAUCUGAAAACCUUUAUAGCCGACCUUAUUGGGAUUCCUCGCCCUACAAAUCCGACGGUAGAUCUAAAAACCUUGAUAGCCGCACUCAAUGGGACUCCUCCCCUCAUAAACCUGAUGAUAAGUUCAAAAUGCAUCAAGAACCUUUUCUUCCACAAAUCAAACCGACAGCCAAAUAUUAUCAGAAGAGUCGAUCUGUUCUUAACUCCCCUCUCGGCCCGCAUCAAAGAAGUUCAAGCAAAUUCUCAUUAACAAGUUUACCUGCUAGAUGUAGUUCUACGCUUGAGUUUUCUCCUUAUUUCACUCCAGGAGGUGAUUCGGAUAAACCACCUAAGGAGGACUUAUGGUGGGGACCGGCACCACGGUCUUUCAGGUGA